CGUUCCUUUUUUGUUUGGCCUGUGACUAUUGUAGGCAAGGACAGCACGUCGUAUUACUCUGCACAAGCUCCAGCCGUCAUGACCCGCUCGGGCACGGGCGGGGGCAAGGGCAAGGGCUCCAAGGAUGCCAAAGCCACAGCCAGGGUCAAAGCCCCCAAAAAGGGCCAGCGCCGCGCGCGGCCGCAGCAGCCGACACGCGAGCAGUUUUCGGAAGGAAAUGAUGCUCACAAAGUCGAAGCCAAACGGCAGAUCAUGAUCGCCAUCAAGCGCGGCCGCACGGAUCAGCCCGCCAUCCGAAAAUUCAUCACGGACGACGAGGAGAAGCUGGACCAGAACCCCUUAUUUUAUGGCGAUAGCACGAGAAGCGUUGCGUUAGGCCAUUAUAUUCGGAAGGUGUUGAGGGAGACUGGUAACGAAGCGAGCAUCGCGCCGCCGACGCGCGUGGUGGCGUGGCACAUUGGCACGCACGCCGGCACGUGCGAGUUCGACGAAGCUUCGACCGUCAUGGUCCUCGACACCGGCGAGGACGAGUCGGACGGCGUGCGGCCCGAGCGAGUGCUGUGCUUCCAGUCGUUGCGGGGCAACGAAGUCUGCUAUGCGGGCGGCCUGCGCCGCCAAUCGAUCCGCAUCGCGCCGGAAGCCACGAGAGAGUCUCUGGCGCGACGGCUCUUCUUCGCACGGCAGGGCUCCGUCGACGAGCCGAUGGACGAGCCUGCAGUCGGAGCGCCGGAGGGGGCCGUCUUCGACCGCGAGGUGCUCUGGCGGGGCGAGGAAUGGCGGUCGCCGCGCGACACGAUCGAGGCCGGAGGACCCCCGACGCCUUCGUGGUGCGUCUGGGCGGCCUGGACCCAGCUCUCCGACGGCGACGACGCGGCGACGCUGCGGCGGAGCCGACGCCGCGCGCCGAAACCGCCGCCGCGGGGCGCCUGGAGGGUGCGCUGGUCGGACGACACGGAGUCGCUCGCUUCGCGCGACGACGUCCGCAUCUGCCCCGCGCGCCUCCCGAUCGAGCCGACGGCCGAAGACCUCGCAAGGCUCGCGGCCGAGAUCUCGCUGGAGGACUGCGUCGCGGAGGCGGUCUUUUCGAUAGAUGUCGAGUCGCGCGCGGCGCUGUGCCGCCACCUGGCCCACAAGGGCGAGGAGAGCGCGAUCGUCGACGCCCGCGUGAAGGACUGCGUCGAGGCCGAGAUCGCGGUCCGGGACACGCUCGACGCCCUCGGCCUCGCUCUGCCGCGCUUCAUGGGCGGCGGCUGGACCCGGGUCGCCCCGGGUCAACGUCUCUCGGAGGACGGCGACGAGAUCCUGGUGCCGUGGGUGCUCGACGGCGUCCGCCAGUCCGACGCGCGCUUCCCAAACACCGAUGAGGGUCGCAUCAAGGCGGACCAGUUCGUGCUCGAACACUGCGGCCGGGCCGUGCGCCUGGCGCAGCUGCGGGCGAAUCUGGCGACGGUCCAGCGGAACCCCUCGGUGACGGUCGCGCAGCUCCCCCACCCGCCCGGCCCAAGCGUCGCCGCGGCGUGGCGGGGCGAGGCCACGGAGCUGCCGACGGACGGCUCGACCUACGCGCCGGCGGGGCAGCGCCGCGCCGUCGCCGUGUCGUCACUGCUGCUGCGCGGCGCCGCCGACGCGCCCGCGCCGCCCCCACUGGAUCGCCCUCGAGGCGUGACCCCGGCGCCGCCGCCGCCGAAGGAGGAGUCCUCGACGCAGAAGGCGAAGAAGAAGAAGGCGAAGCGCCGGCGCAAGCCGCCGCAGCCGCCGCCCGCUCCGAGGUUCGGCGACGCCGACGCGAUGCCGCCGCCGCCGCCGCGCGAGCCGCCGACGCGCGGGCGCGCGCUGGACCGCUCGUCGCGACCGCCGCGCGCGCGGUCGCGGUCGCCGCCGCCGCGCGGGCCGCCGACAGCGCGCGCGGCGCUGCGGCGCCGCGACGCUGCCGCGGACGACGCGGGCGACGACGCCGACGCGAUGCCGCCGCCGCCGCCGCCGCACGCGCCGCCGUCGCGCGGGCGCGCGCCGGGCCACUCGUCGCGAACGCAGCGCGCGCCGCCGACCGCGACCGCGCGCGCGGCGCCGCGCCGGCGCGACGCCGCCGCGGAGAGCGAAGCGGUGGUGACGAAGGAGCAGGCGCUGGGGCUACUGGAGGGCGCCUUUGACGGCGCGUCCGCCCUCUCCGUCGCGGCGCUGCGCGAGCGCUUUGGUACGGCGCUAGCGUCGCUAGAAGAUGAGUCGCCGCGGACGCUCCCUGCAGGCGGGCGCGCGGUGCGCGGCGACGCGGCGCCGGCGGUCGGCGAGAAGCGCGGCCGCGGCGGCGUCGAGCGACCGGUGGCGCGCGCGCCGCGGCCGCGGGCGCGGUCGAUGAGCGUGAGCGACGGCGAGCGCGAAGCGCCCUUCACGGCGCCGCCGAUCCAAGAUGAGGUCUACGACAAAUAUAGGCGCACCAUUCAAGAUACAAUUGAAAGGGAGAAAGGCCAAACGAAGAAAAGUGUCGACCAGUACGCGCUACAGGCGACGCAGGACCAUAAGAAAGAGGAGCUGUUGCGGACUGAGAAGCUGCACAUUAAGGGCUGCCUUCGGUUUGGCGUCGGUAUCGCGUGCGAUUGGUGCUUGCGGGUGCCGUGCUCUCGCCCGGAGGUGUUCGGGCAGACUUGUGACGAUGAAAGGAUCGAUGUCGCGUAUUUGAGAGCGCGGAAGCUGCCUCCGUCGAAGCGUUUGGAUUUUAUGAACAAGGCCAUCUUGGAUGAUCCGGACGGGCCGGGACGCUAUCUUCUUGAGAAGAUUUACGGCUGCAGAAAGCCGCUCGACGACACGCAGUACAGCGCCCUGCGCCGACUGUGGGUGGUCGCUAGCAUCCGCACGCCCCAGGAGUUCGUUCGAGAGGCGCUCGUCCUGCGGCCGUAUCAAUUCGCGGCGCGGUGGAGCGGCGGUCGCAAACCCGUAGAGAUGCCGCGCUACACCGGCGCCGCGCGGGUGCGACUGGUGACGAAGGUCGUCGACGCCGCCACUGGAUUGAGGACGGUUCGGGAACAGGCCGCGGCUCUACCACCGCUCUCCUAG